AUGCGGAUGCUGCUGGAAUCACUCAAGUGGUGGGCGUCAGUUAUCGGCUGGUUGGCUGCUCUUGCUUCCUGGUUCCAAAUUAUAAUCGUUCUGGGACUAGGUAGAGAAGAAAUUCUGGAUCAUCAAUGGAAGUUCUUUGUCUUCAUCUUUCUCUGGAUCAUAAUUACCUGCUCGUAUUUCAAUGCUGUGAUUGCCGUCUCAGUGGGCUCCCUUUUGAAAACGCAGCUGCAAAGUCUUCUCUCAAAUCGAACCACUAUCGAGGAUUCACAGCUCAGUUUUCUCGAUGAAGACGAAAUGAAUCAUGAGUUCUCAAUAUUCGACCUGGGAUCACGGAUGGCGAAUUUCUGUUCAGUUUUCGGCAAAUUCCCUUUGACGUGGUUGCUACCUGUUUAUACGACACCUGGUGAUGGUGUCAAUUACAACUAUGUGGUUCGUUGUGGUAGAGAAUUUGCAGCUCCAACGCCCCCUCCACGGAAGAAACGCUUUUGGAAACUGUGCUGA